ACCGGGGACCGGCGCAAGGUGCCGCUAUGACAGCCCUCACGCCGCGCGUCUGCCUCAGCCACCGUGGUGGGUGACGAAACUCGCGCAUGCUACAGAUAACAUUUCGCGGCACCUUGCGCCAGUCCCAGUUAUAUAUCGUGCGUGUCGAACGGAAGCGAGCGAAAAAAGCAUGACCGCGAACAAGAAAGGAAGCGCGUGCGCAUAGCGUGAGUCUUGGAGCAGCAACGUGCGUGAGAAGGCGCAGCCAGUCUUUUCGGCAGGCGCUCCCGUGCCCCGCAAACUUUUGCUCCCGACUGUACGUCGGCCGAUGCUCGUGUCGGUGCACAUCUCAAUCUCAACUAAACAUCGAGCGCCGAUUGUGGCUGACUCCAUGCAUAUGAGACAUCACUGCAAAAGAUGCCAGAAAAAGUUUACAUCAUUGGACACGUUCUUCAAGCACACAUUAUAUCAUGAAACAUCAUCAAGAGGUGUUCCAUGCAGCGUUGUCGGCUGUGAGGCUGCAUUCAAAAAUUACAACUCAUUGCGAAGCCACAUCACAAGGUGUCAUUCUCCGCUUGCACCUCGUAAUGCAACUAACUUCCAAUCCUGCCGGACAUGCAGUGUUAGUUCCUGCAGUGAAGAGGCUUACAGGUGUCUGUCUGGACAGAACAUUGAGCCUGCCCAAAGAUGUCCUCCUCCUCGUGACAUUCCUAUGUUCAAGCCCCAAAAAUGAUGCUGUGCUCGAGUGGAGCCUCAAAAUCAACAAGGCCGAGGCAGAGUUCAAAGAUCAAAACGCAGCAGCUGUCUGCCUCCUCCCAUUGCUUGCAUCCUACUUUCAAGAAAACCUCGGAGAGCUCUUCCAGUUACAUCAGGUGACAACAGAAAUCACAGAGGAGUUUCGUAACAGUCUGCCUGCUUCUCCUGUAAUUGUUGCACUGGGCCGCUCACUUUUCGAAUGCAGCUGCCAGCUGUUUGUGGACCAUGAGGUGAUGGUGGAAGAUGUGGGCUUUCUGCAAGCUGUGGAGCUCCUUUUUGCCCUUUAUUAUUGUUUAAACAUCCAGUAUGCCAAAGGUGCGGGAACCACACUUGAGUUCAUUCAGAGAUACCAGGUUGGUAUCAAACAACAUGAUGGGUCACGACAGGAGGCCGGGAGGUCGAAAGGAGCUCGGGCAAGAGCAAUCAAAGCCGCCACAGAUCUUGCUGCUUUUGAGAAAAAAUGGAACAGUCUCAUCUGAUGAUCGAUCGGAUGCCAUGAAGGUUUCUUUAUAAUUAUGUUCUUUUACGGUUUACAAUAUAGUUCUUCAAUUUCAAAACUGC